GCACAUCUUCUACUUCCUGACAGCUGUACAACAACACUAGAAACCCAUCUGUGAUCGUGAUCGUCUGUUUCAUUCAAGUUUUUGCGUUUUAUUGUUUCGUGUUUAUUCGUGUUUAUUCGUGUUUAUUCGUGUUUAUUCGUGUUUAUUCGCCUUUCAAUGCGCGCUCACGUUUGCGUGAUGCUGUUUGUGUUUCUGCUGAGUGAUGCAGCCACUCAUCAGUUCACCGAGGAAGAGAUGUCUGCAAUCAGACAGCGCAUCAAAUCCAUGUUCUACCACGCCUACAAUAGUUACCUUGACAACGCCUUCCCCUACGAUGAGCUCCGGCCGCUCACCUGUGACGGUCAAGACACCUGGGGCAGUUUCUCUCUCACCCUGAUCGACGCUCUUGACACUCUGCUGGUUUUGGGAAACCGCACAGAGUUUAAGCGUGUGGCGUCGCUCCUCCAGAACACCGUGGACUUCGACAUUGACGUGAAUGCCUCCGUGUUUGAAACCAACAUCAGAGUGGUGGGCGGUCUGCUGUCAUCUCACAUGUUGUCUGGGAGGGCGGGGAUGGAGCUGGAGCCCGGCUGGCCAUGUUCAGGACCGCUGCUGAGGAUGGCCGAGGAUGCUGCAAGGAAGCUGCUUCCUGCGUUCCAGACUCCCACUGGGAUGCCAUACGGCACGGUGAACCUCCUGAAAGGUGUCAGUCCAACAGAAACACCCGUCACCUGUACUGCGGGCGUGGGAACCUUCAUCCUGGAGUUUGCCACGCUGAGUAGACUAACGGGGGACAAGACGUUUGAGGACGUAGCCCGGCGAGCGCUGCGAGCUCUGUGGAAGACCAGAUCUGACAUCGGCCUGGUGGGAAACCACAUCGACAUCCUGUCUAAGAAGUGGGUGGCUCAGGACGCGGGGAUCGGAGCCGGGGUGGACUCGUACUUUGAGUAUCUUGUGAAAGGAGCCAUCAUGCUGCAGGACGAGGAGCUGCUCGAAAUGUUCCAUGAGUAUGAUCGAGCCAUUCAGAACUACACCCGCUUUGAUGACUGGUACCUGUGGGUCCAGAUGCACAAAGGGACCGUCUCCAUGCCUGUGUUCCAGUCUCUGGAGGCUUUCUGGCCCGGCCUGCAGUCUCUUCUGGGGAGCCUUGACAGCGCAGUCCGAUCCUUCCAGAACUAUUACUCCGUGUGGAGACAGUUUGGAGGUCUGCCCGAGUUUUACAGCAUCCCUCAGGGUUACACCGUGGACAAGAGAGAGGGGUACCCACUGAGACCAGAGCUCAUAGAGAGUGCCAUGUACCUGUUCAGGGCCACAGGUGACCACAUCUACCUCCAGCUGGGUCUCGACGCUCUUGAAUCCAUCGAGAAGAUCGCCAAGACACCCUGCGGAUACGCCACGGUCAAAGAUCUGCGAGAUCACCAGCUGGACAACAGGAUGGAGUCCUUCUUCCUGGCUGAGACCGUCAAGUACCUCUACCUGCUCUUUGACCCAACCCACUUCCUGCACGGUGGGGGUGCGGAGGGGGAUGGGACCUGGGAGGAAGGAGGCGAUGGAGGGGAGUGCGUUCUAGGGGCUGGGGGCUUCAUCUUCAACACGGAGGCUCACCCUCUGGACCCGGCGGCGCUCUACUGCUGUAGCCGACUGGCCCAGGACCGCCAGGAGCUCCGAGACAUCCUGAUCAGCCUGUCACAGCCCGCGGGAAAAUCAGGCCGCCAAUCAAAACCCACAACCAAACAGACAGAAGGCCCUCCCCCUGGCCAAUCAGAAAGCAUCGCCCUAAAAGCAGGUGAGAAGAAGACCAAUCCCCUGCUGUCCUGCCCUGUUCAACCUUUCAGCACUCGACUCUCCAUCCUGGGACAAGUUUUUACUGAUAACACCUGAGCGUCUCCGGCCUGGACUGUCAUUGACCCCCGACAUCAAACAUGAGAGAAGCUGCUUUGGACACGGAGGGUGGUAUGGAUUUUCAACAUGUGAAGUAAAGUUGUAGUUUCUGUAGUUCAUUUGUAGUCCAAAUUGUAUCAUCCAAUCACGUUUCAGCAGGUUUUAGCAAGGCAGGAAAAACAGUCUGUGUGGAUGCUAUCAGUGCUAAUCUAUCCAACAAUGAUUUAUUGAUCUCUGAUCUGAUUUCAACACGUCAGAUUUUCAGGUGAGAGAGACGGCGUGAGAGCGAGAUCAGAGGAACGAGUUUAGUUUCAGUUUGGGAUUAAAAAAAAGACUCAUGAAGCCGUUUCUCUUUGUAUUUUGACAAAUCUUCCUUCAGGACUUUGACUUUGUUUCUCUAACUGAAUUUGAAUUGUAAAAUAUAUUUUUCUAUUUUAUAAAAGUCGUGUGACUGCUGUGA